AUGGCGGGGAUGAAGGGUGAGUACGGAGGCGAGUACGGCGGCUCCUCUGAGGAAGGGGAUUGGAAUGAGGAUAUAGAGUACUUUCCGAAUGAUGGUUAUGAUUACGAACAGCACAUGUGGUGUCCAGACAAGUUUCCAAUUGAGGGCACGACCCUAGUCAUGGUCCCCGAUGACCUGGAGGAACGGCGACAAGACCCGUUGUUUACUGGAGAGUUGGAAUGCCGGCUUGAAAUCAUGAGUGAGGAGGAGCGUGAUUUAGUUAGGGCUUUGCAGGAGGGAAAGGAUGUGUCCAGUGAGGAUGCAGAUGAUGACUUGUUUGACCGUGAAGACAACGAUGAACGCCAAGUGCAACAUCUCAUCUCCACUCAGCUUUUGCCCAAAGGCAAGGAUGCUGAGGAUGUAGCUCGCAAAUUGAUCUGGCAUGGAUUUGAAGCACGCGGUGAAGAAUUGGAACGAUUAGCUGAUGAAGAUAAGCACAAACAAGAAGAUGACACUCUCACCAAUCUUCGACAAUUCUACGUAGCUCAACUUGCUAUACAGAAUAAGGUUGUCGGACAGAACAUGGUUGAAGACAUCGGCGGUGAAGACAUCGGCGGUGAAGACAUCGGCGGUGAUCACAGCCGAGGCGAAGAUGCGGAUAGUGAAGAUACGGGUGCUGCAAACUAUAGCAGCAACUCUUCAGAGCAAGAUAUAUUGGAUUUGGCUCUUGGCAACAUCGACGACAAGGACCUGUUGGCUGCGCUAGAGGGCAUGAACGACAGUGACUUCGAUGAUGACGACAACCAAGAAGUCCUCACCACUUCUUUAAGAACCGACAUCGAACGAACCAAUCUUUGUGCGGACUUGGUACUGAAACACAAGAAUCCAAAGAACCAAGAGAUAGACCGGGAUAUGCUAAAAGAAUAUAUAAUCAAUGCUGCUCAAAGACAAGAAGACGAGUAUGAACAAUAUCUAGAAGAACAAGCAUCAGACGAAGACAAUUUGACGGACGAUGAUUUGACUGACAUAAUGUCAACAAAUAAAUUCCAGUUCGAUCGAUCAUUGUUCGUCAAUAUGAACAAGUCCAAAUGGGACUCAUCCGUUUGUCAAAAAGUCAAACGGGAUGCCCAAGCAGUGGAUCUCGGGUCGCUAGGAAUUAUUUAA